GUCAGGUGGCAAGAUGUCCGCCGGUAUCGAAAAUGGAGUAGUGUAGGCUGGGGGUGCUGCUGUUAGGAAUUUGUAGGUGUGUCAGGUAUAGUUUUUCUAUGUCCGGUAAAUAAUGUCGCCGAUAUUUCGUAGUUUCAACUUGUACGUAUCGCUCUGCCAUUGCAAGCGUUUGCCUUCGUUACCGCUUUCUAAUAUUCGGUAAUAAUCCGGUUCUAAUGUACAAUAACGAGGAUAUUCACCUCCUCAUCGUCGUCUUGAUCUCGGUCUUGUCAAAGCGCCGACCUCGUCCCUACCCCGAGUUCGAUUAUCGUUCUUUGCCUUCGUGCUUUCAAAAAUAUAAAAAGAACAUCUUUCUUUUCUAAACAAUAAUAGUCAACUAAAAGUGCCGCUCGUCAUCAUCGUCAUCGUCAUCACCGAUCGAGAAAAAAAAGUAAGAAUAGUGAGCGACGAUGAUAACAAAUCAAAUGUGAACGUAAGUGAAGUAAUAACAAACCAAAAACGAAACAGAAAAAGGAAGGGCGCUCCCUGAAAAAUAGAAUAGCUUCUCGUUGGUUCUUCUGUUAAAAAAAAAAGUUUGUGCGUGUCUAUGUGUGUCUGUUUAAGAUAAUAAUACAAAAGUAUAUAUAUAUAUAAUAUAAGAUCGUAUAAAUUGUUGUGUCAAAAUGUGGAACAUGAUGUGCGACGUAAUGCCGACGAUAUCGGAAGACAGCAUAAGUCAAAGGAGUUCACAAUUUUCCGGCGAAGAUGCGAAUUUCGAACAGCUGAUGGUCUCUAUGUUAGACGAAAGGGAUAAGCUUAUGGAUUCCCUUAGGGAGAGCCAGGAAAGACUGCAGGAGGCUGAGGCUAGACUACAAGAAGUUGAAAAAGAGAGGGACGCUCUCAACAGACAAAUAAACGCCAACAUUCCCCAGGAAUUUUCUCAGCUGACAAAAGAGUUAACAUCGGCGCGCGAGAGUCUUCUGGAAAGAGAAGAAGAAAUUUCGGAGUUAAAAGCUGAACGAAAUAACACGAGGCUUUUAUUAGAACAUCUAGAAUGUCUGGUGUCGAGGCACGAACGUUCGCUGAGGAUGACCGUUGUCAAACGACAAGCAGCUGCACAAUCAGGUGUAUCAUCGGAGGUGGAAGUCCUCAAAGCACUGAAAAGCCUCUUCGAGCAUCACAAAGCCCUAGAUGAGAAGGUUCGAGAACGGUUGCGAGUAGCUCUUGAAAGGAACACUACAUUAGAAGAAGAUUUAGCCCACACCAAAGAAGAGCUCCAGCAGUAUAAAAUAAGCGGACAUCAACCAAAAUCAAUUGACGAUAGGCCUAAGGAAAAUGGCCAAACGGAGGAUAAUCAGCAACAGAAUAAGAGAAAUGCGAGCAAAGCGAGGCAUUCUGAAUGUAGUGUUGUGAUCGGGCAGAAUCAGGCCGAGCAAGCAGGGAACCAGCAACAACAACAAAACCAAAGUAUCUCCAACUCCGGAACAAGGUUGAGCAACGGCAGCCUCGAUCCUACGGAGCAAGACUCUGCAGUAAGAGUUAUAGACUUACAGGCUACCGUUGAUAAACAGAGCACAGAAUUGAGUACAUGGCAGCGUCGAGUGGCAGAAAUGAGUGGACGUGUAGCAGAACUUGAAGAAACCUUGUCAAAGGCGCAAAAAGAACUUUUGAAGUCUCAGGAAAGUAACGUCAAACUACAGAGAGAUUUGCGGGAAAACGUAGCGCAGAAAGAAGACCAAGAGGAGAGAAUUACCACCCUAGAAAAACGGUAUCUCAAUGCUCAAAGAGAAUCAACUAGUCUUCAUGAUCUUAAUGAAAAACUGGAACAAGAGCUUCAGCACAAAGAGGCUCAGCUCAAGCUGCAGGAAGAAAAAAUAGCUGCGAUACAAGAAAAGUUAGAAUUAGCUGAACAAAAAUUGGCACAAUAUUCAAAAUUGCCAGAAAUGGAAGAGCAGCUCAAGCAGAGGAUGGAGGCUCUGACCCAGGUGAGGAGGCCCAACCAGCAGGCCCAAGAGAGACACGGUAGUGCUGAGGACAGAAUUCAGAGGCUAGAAACUCAGCUUGAAGAAAAGAACGCAGAAGUUAUGCGUCUUAAUCAACGACUAAAAAUGAAUGAAGAACACAACACCAGACUCAGUACUACAGUCGAUAAACUACUGUCUGAGUCAAAUGAGAGAUUACAAGUUCAUUUGAAGGAGAGGAUGCAUGCUCUUGAGGAGAAGAACGCUCUCACUCAAGAGUUAGAGAAAACAAGAAAAAUAGCUGAAGAAUUACAGAACGAGAAGCAGGAGAUUGUUAAAGAACUUGGCAAGGCACGUCUAGAGAUUGACAAUGUAAAACGGCAAAUGCUUCAACAGGAAAUAGCUUUCAACAUCCAACAAACCGAUGCUUUAACGAGAAGUUUAUCACCAAAUGUCGUCGAUCCAGGUAGCUUUUCUAGAAGUGCGAGUCACAGCAGUUUUGACACUCAUUCGUUACCAAGGCGAGGAGUCAAGCGUCCUCCGAUGGACGAUGAUUCCACAAAGGGAUACGUCGCUCGUACAUUAGCUGAACAAGAGUGGGAAAAAUUGCAACAGGCUCACGUACUUGCAAAUGUACAACAGGCAUUCGAUGUUUCGAGUGACGCAGAGGGUGACGGAGAUAAUGAAAGUAUUUUUAGCUCAGCUGCCGAUGUUAUUAGUCCGACUGGUCACACAGAUGCACAAACUCUCGCUUUAAUGCUUCAAGAACAACUAGAUGCCAUAAAUAAUGAAAUAAGAUUAAUACAGGAGGAAAAACAAAGCACGGAAGCGAGAGCCGAGGAACUUGAAUCUAGAGUAGGAAGUUUGGAACAUAUGAACCUUCUAGCUCGUGGCCGUAGCUUGGAACGAGCAUCUCCACCUUUGAGUGGACGAUCUACGCCAAAGUCUCAUCACAGUCCUAACAGGGAUUACCUCCACAAAUACCACACGGCACCAGCUUCGAUGUCCCCGGCACAUCUUCAUCAAUACGCCGCCUCACUUGUUAGUCCCGGUCAACUGUCCGAGUCCUUACCUGCCAGCCAGCUGCAGUUGUCUGGAGAGGAAUUACACUCGGUCAGUGAAAGAGAUAGCAUGGGCGGAGGUGGUAGCGGAGGAAGUGGCGCGGCGUCACCGCUAACAGCUAGAUCAUUAAGAUUGGAACGAGUUGCACAAGCGUUGGCGCACAGUCAGGAAGAGUUACGAAGACGCACAGGACAAAGUGGAUUUCCAAGUAGCGGUUACUCCGUGCACAGGCAUGGACACCAUAACAACAGCGCUCUCAAUUCUGGGACCCCCCCUUCUCCAUUGUCCUCACGUCACAGCAGCCAGGACAGUUUGCACAAAAAUAAUCUUGGCGGGGUUGGACUUCCCAUCGGACAACUAUCCAGCUCUCAUCUACACAUGCAGUCUAACAUGAGCCCAGCUACAGCUGCUGCUGUUGCUGCGGCACAAAAGAAAAAGGGGAUUAAAAGCAGUCUUGGAAGAUUCUUCAGUAAAAAGGAAAAGGCGAAAGGAAAGGAUACCACUAUGCCGGGAGACGUCCCAGGAAUGGGCGGUGCAAGCACGCCUGCAGAUGCAGAUUAUGGUGACAAUAUAUCAUUAGCUGGUACCCUUGGUGGCAAAGGAGACUUUGAUCGUAGGAAAAAAAAGAGCAGCAUAUUGGAUUCUUCGCGGCAUGAGUUACUCGCGGGUGCUAUGAAAGCAGGGACGCCAUUCGCUCUGUGGAAUGGCCCAACAAUAGUAGUUUGGCUAGAAUUAUGGGUCGGAAUGCCUGCCUGGUAUGUCGCUGCGUGUCGAGCGAACGUAAAAAGUGGUGCGAUAAUGAGCGCUCUAAGCGAUACGGAAAUACAGCGCGAAAUUGGAAUUAGCAAUCCUUUACAUCGACUCAAGCUAAGACUAGCCAUACAAGAGAUGGUAUCUCUAACUAGUCCAUCGGCUCCAAAAACAUCACGCACAACUUUAGCAUUCGGAGACAUGAACCACGAAUGGAUAGGAAAUGUUUGGCUUCUCAGUCUUGGACUACCUCAAUAUCGGUCCACUUUUAUGGAGUGCCUUGUCGACGCCAGAAUGCUUGAUCAUUUGACCAAAAAGGAUCUUAGGGGUCAAUUAAGAAUGGUUGACAGUUUUCACAGAACAAGUCUUCAAUACGGUAUAUCCUGUCUGAAAAGAUUAAAUUACGAUCGUCAACAAUGGGAAGAACGUCGUAGGAUCGCCGAAACGGCAAAUGUCGACGUACUUGUAUGGAGUAACGAGCGCCUUAUAAGAUUUGUUCAAUCGAUAGGUUUGAAGGAAUAUGGGGAUAAUCUUCUCGAGUCUGGAGUACACGGUGCUCUGAUAGCUUUGGACCCAGGGUUUGACGCGAAUAGUUUUGCGUUGGCUUUACAAAUUCCCACACAAAAUACACAGGCACGGCAGCUACUCGAAAGAGAGUUUGCAAAUUUAUUGGCAGUAGGGACAGACAGGCGACCCGACGAAUCAAAUAAUCUUAAAUCUUGAUCGAGCCCGUCUAACAGGCCGCCUCAUCUUCACCCUCACCAUGUCUAGUCUAAAACCUCUCCCCCAAGCUAAAUAUCUGUGCGCGAGUGUGUUAUUAAUUAAUAACUGAAGUCGUUAAAGCUUUAAAUAUCACUUCUUCAUCUACCUACAUACCUACCUACCUACCUAACUACCUACCUACUUAUGCUACAUUUACAUGCUGUACUUUUAACGAGAGAAGACGGAUUAAAAUUAAUUAAUUGUUCAUUUUUUUUUCUCUCUCUCUCACUUUCAACUUGUUUUGUUUUGAAGAUAAAAGGAGAAAAAGAUGUCUCGUUUAUUUUAAUGGAUUUUAAAUGUUUGUAGAUUAUGCAUUGAGAGAUAUUAAUGAGAAAUAAGGUAUAAAACAAAAAAAAACUAACAGAAACGAAACAAAUUAUCCCUCGAUGGACACUGUUAUCGGAAAACAGUAUUCAUGAUUCCAAAACGCGUAAUUAAAUUAAACAAAAAAUGAAAAUACGCAUGGAGAGAGUUGAAAUGAAAAUAAAUACACACACAACAUUUUAUACAAAAACAGAAAGAAAAAAAACAAAAAAAGAAAAAAAGAUGUUUGAAUGACGUGAGAUGCCAUAGGUGUUGUAAUUAGGAAAAAUUUAUGAUGAUAUAAUAUUAUAUAACAAUAAUUAUUGGUUAUACAAUAAUAAUAGUAAAAGAAAGAAAA